AUGCAUCAACGAGAGAAAUUUGCUUAUGCUGAAAGUAACGAUUUACAUGUACAAAUUGUGCAUGUACCAUAUAAAAGUGAAAAUGAAGAUGUUGAGUUUGUUUUUAUGGUGAUUUUACCUAAUCGAGGAGUUCAGUUAGAUGUUGUAGAACAAAAAUUAUUAAGUCAUCAAACGACACUUCAAUUAAGUGAUAUUGUUCAACAACUUGGAAAGAAAUAUGCAUUUAGUAAUUAUAAAGCAAAUUUUACAGGUAUCGUUAGUGGAAAAAGAUCAGAAGCAGCAGCAGAUACAGCCUCUAUCAUCAUUUGUCAUGAGCAAAUAAAUCCACCACCACAGCCCAUUGGAUUUAAACCUGAUCAUCCAUUUCUAUUCCUCAUUCGUGAAAGUCGACAAAAUAUUGUCUUAUUUAGUGGCAGAUUUAUUUUACCACCGACAAACUCAUAA